AUGGUGGCGAUCCACUGGCUGGAGAUGCUGACCCUUGGCGUGGCAAAGGUGCUGCUGGGCACCCAGUCCACCCCGCUCCCGCCUGAUGACAGCCAAGGGGACUCGGGCAAGCAGGUGGACGUUGAGGACCUGGACGAUUUCAACGGAGACCCCUCCGACGUUGCCGCGAUGCUGGCCCAGUUCCAGUCCGCCAUGCAGAAGUCCAUCGCGGAGCAGAUCUCAGGCAUCAAGGGGGGCAUUGUGGCAUCGGUCUCCUCCCACACAGAGUCUCUGGUCAAGGCGGUGGUGGCUCGGCAAGAAAAGACGAACUUCCAGCUGCGGUCGGAGCUGGAGGAGCUCAGGGCCAGACAGCAGGUUCAGGAGCAGACUCAGAACGACUUCAAAGAGCAGCUCAAGCAGAUCAGAAAAGCGUUAUAUGUGGCAGAGAGUACUGUGCCCAUCAAAGAUUUGGACUCAAUGGCUGAAUGGGAUCGCGAUCAUGACACCACAGUUUUAUGUGCAAACACCUCGGCGAAUGUCGCAGUGGAGGAGCUCAAGCGCGCCAUCACCCCGUGGCUGGAGGAGGCCAACAUUGAGUCGGACAAGUGGAAAGUUAUUGGCCCAUCACCAUCUCGCAGGGCUCUCCUUCACCACAAGCCAGAGGUACGGCGCAAGAAGUUCAGGAAGCUGGCCAUGAUGUGCAGGCGUCAGGCGAUCAUUUGUUUGCAGGAAGUUCACGGAACGUUGGAAGAGUUCCAGCAUCACUGUUAUCUUCAUCGUAUUCCUGGAGCGGUGCCGGGGUCGGUUUCGCAGCGCGACUCGGGAGGUGCAGCGGUCAUCUUAUCCCAGUUGUCCCAGCUGGAGGCGGAGGAGGCGAUCAGAGUUGGAAGAUUGAAACAUGAGAUCCUGGCCCAAGGCAGGGCACACCGUAUCAUGAUCAAAGCGAGAGCGAAUGAGCAUCGGGCUGAUACCAUGACAAUUGCGCACAACAUCCACAACUUCGGGUUGACCAGGGCGCAGGUGGACACGAUUGCCUCCAGGAUCUCAGCGGAGUCGUCUGUGGCUGCCCAAAGUCCGCGCAGGACUACCGUGCUUGCAAUGGGUGACUUCAACUAUGCGGAGACGGCGGCGAUGCAUCUUCAUGUUCCUGAGAUUGACAAAGGCUUGGUGCACCCUCCCCGUCAAAGAGAGUUCGGAGAUGUGCGGGCGGCUGCCUUCUCGGGGAUGGCUGAACUGGACCCAGAGCUGCCCGCGCACUUUAUCAAAUAUGACCAACGAUUAACACAGCUGGAUAGGGUAUUCAUAAGUACUCAGCCUUGGGUUCUGAUCCAAUGGUCGAUUGCUGCAACAGUUGCCUACCCGCCAGAAGAGGUGUUCGCUGAGGGAAUAUCGGAUCACUCUCCAGUGCAGAUAAGCUUCGCCCCCAGGGACUUGAAGCCAGAGGAGGAUCAGCCUGUGCCUGCCUUCAUAUGCAAGCAGCCAGAGUUCAAGUGCUACUUAGAUCUGCUGAUGAGCCACUCGUACAUCCACUCCCUGCAGGCGAUCCCCAAGUGGGCGGAGUACAAGAGACUGCUGAGAGAGGCGGUCCGUCUGACGCGUAACAAGCUCGUGAGCAUGCGAACGCCUCCGCUGGGGGCGAAGCUAGUUCUUUUUCGGUCCAUUGCACGCGCAAUUCAUUUCCAUGGUGUCAGGCUAGCUCGCACGCCACUUGCGUCUGGCCCCUUCCCAUCGGAGAUGUUGUCGAUCUCGUGGGAGCAGGUUGUGUCUCUCGUUUGGCCCAUGGACUUUCGUAGGAAAUAUGAAGCGCUGCAGCAGGAGAUUACUGAGGAUAGAUCUCGCAGGUCGGAGACCCAGGCGAAAGACUCGCCCAGCUGGUCUGAGAAGAAGCGCCUGCGUGCUUAUGCGCGGGCGGCGAGGUCGGCGAUCGCGGUGGCCCUCGAAGCUUUCGACGAGGCGCAGCGGGUGGCCAGGACCAGAGUCGACAUGGAGUCCUUGGGGCAGGCGCUCCAGGUGGUCGACAGCAAGAACCUCGAGUACAUGCAGCGCAUUAACAAGCAGGAGACCAGGCACCAGGCCCUCGAGGCCGAGAACGCGCUCGUCAAGGAGGAGGUCGAGAAGGUGCGCGCGAGCAUCGACCGGCUCCGGGCCGAGCUCCAGGGCGGCGAGGAG